AUGUCUGACCUGCCGCCGGUGCCGAAGGAGCACACGCUGCGGCCGUACGCGCUGCCGCGGAAGACGCGGUCGAGCCCACCGAUCACGCUGGUGCUGGAUCUAGACGAGACGCUGGUGCACUGCGCGCUGAGCAAGAUUGACAACGCCGACCUGGUGUUUGCGGUGGAGUACAACGAGGUGAAGUACGACGUGUACUGCCGGCUGCGACCGGGAUACCGGGAGUUCCUGGAGCGGGCGAGCAAGAGGUUCGAGGUAGCAAUCUUCACGGCGUCGCAGCAGGUGUAUGCUGACAACCUGCUGAAUCUGAUUGAUCCGGGGCGGCGGCUGAUCCGGCACCGGCUGUUUCGGGACUCGUGCGUGUAUGUGAACACAAACUACGUGAAGGACCUGGGGAUUCUGGGGCGGGACGAGGCGAAGAUGCUGCUGGUGGACAACUGCCCGCAGGCGUUCGCGUACCAGCCGUCGAACGGAAUUCCGAUUGAGAGCUGGUAUGGCGACCAGGCCGACCGCGAGCUGCUGCGGCUGAUGGACUUUCUGGAGACGCUGGCAGACGCCGACGACGUGCGGCCGCUGAUCGAGGCCCACUUCCGCACGCGCGAGAAGGUUGCCGAGGCAAAGCGGCGCUACGCGGCGCCGACGUCGCCGCCAUCGUCGUCAUCGGCAAUGGGCGUCGCCACAGCUAGUAAUCCGACAUAG